UCAUUUCAACAUUAGCAGAUGGCCGGAAGCAAGAGUUCUGAGUGCAGAGUGCGAAAUGCAAAUGCAAACUAUCCCAGUUUUUGCUCUUGCGAAGUUCUCUUCGUUUUGGUCUCUCUUUUGUCCGUAGACCCUUUCGCCGCUCCUUUUUUCCAACCUAACCCGCAAAAUCGAGCACACCCAUUGCUGGUCCUCAGUUCCUCGUUCUCCCGUAGGUUUCAAACCCUCAAAACCCUCGCUGUUCGAAGCUUGUGCUAGCAAUUUUCCAUUCCAAUUGAGACCCAUUUCUUUGAUCUCUCGCAACUGCUUUGUAUUCUACUCUAAAUCCUCUCGAUCAAGCUCACUGUAAUGUCCGGUUCUGGCGGUUUUGCCGUGUCGCGAGCUCACGGGGGAGACCGGUUCUACAACCCCCCGGCGAUUCGGCGGCACCAGCAGCAGCAGCAGCAGCAGCUGUUGUUGCAGCAGCAGCAGUUGCAGCAGCGGCAGCUUCAGAGGCCGUUGAAAUCGGACUCCUCAGCGGAAGUGGAGAGCCGUACGGACUCCGAGGAGUCGACAUUGUCGAAACCGCCCACAGCGUGCUCCUCUUCUCCGCCGCCGUCAAAUUUGACUACCAAUUUGGACCGUUUGAUGGAAUCAGUGACACCCCUUGUGGUCGCUCAGUGCUUUCCCGAGGCGGGUAUUAGGGGGCGGAGGACUAGGGAAGCUGAGUUACAACCUUUUUUCGGUCUUGGCGAUCUGUGGGAAUCGUUUAAAGAGUGGAGCGUGUAUGGAGUGGGAGUGCCUCUGUUGUUGAAUGGGAAAGACUCAGUUAAGCAGUAUUAUGUACCAUUCCUGUCGGGUAUUCAAUUGUACAUAGACCCCUUAAAACGCCCGUCAAGGUUGAGGCCUGCUGAUGAGAGUGAUGCUGAGUCUUCAAGGGAGACGAGUAGUAAUGGCAGCAGUGAUUGUGAAAUAGAAUGGAGAGCUAAAUGCAUUGUUGAUGGGGCUCGAAGCCAGCAGAAUCUUGUGAGCUUGAAUUCACAAAGGUUUAACAGGCUCUCAUUGAGGGAUAAACCUAUUGUGAGUUCAUCAAGUGAUGAAGUUGAGGUUUGCAACUCUCCGGGGCUGCUCAUAUUUGAAUAUUUGGAGCAAGAACAACCACAUCAUCGUAAACCUUUAACUGAUAAGAUUUCAGUCCUGGCAUCUCAAUUUCCAGAAAUCAGAAUGUACAGUAGCUGUGAUCUAUUGCCUGCAAGUUGGCUCUCUGUAGCCUGGUAUCCAAUAUACAGAAUACCUAUGGGCCCAACACUACAGAACUUGGAUGCAUCCUUCUUAACCUUCCAUUCUUUAUCUACACACUCCAAAAGUACAGGCAAAGGUCGGCCACACCUUCAUGGUUCAAGUGGUAGGAAGGUCCAUAGUGCUGACACAUCUUCAAAGAUUUCUUUACCUGUUUUUGGCCUUGCCUCUUAUAAGUUGAAAGGUUCAAUUUUGACUCCUAGUGGGGCCAAUGAAUGCCUGCAAGAAAAUUCUCUAUUGCAAGCUGCUGACGAUUGGCUCAGGGCCUUGCAGGUUGAUCUUCCUGACUAUCGGUUUUUCAUUUCCCACAACUCACAAUGGAGGUGAUGGGGUAUCAAGUUCAGAUAAAUGAUUAUAUUGUUAUACAGAGUGGGCGAAGAAAUUUCAGGUGCCAAUUUUGGAUGAGUUGUGUCAAAAGCUACACUGCCUUCACUUAAUAACCUAUAUCCCUCCAACCAAAUGACCUGGAUGAAUCUUGUGCCUUACUGAUUCAUCCUUCUGACUAAUUACGCACAAAAGGUUCUGUUUUACAAAAAGCGGUGUCUGCACGAGAAAUAUUGGAUCAUAUCACUACGGUCAGGCCCUUUUUGAGCAGGAAUUGUGGUGCAACCAGACCUUAUCUAAGUUGGGGGGCAACACGUCGAAACAUAUGCUAUUUUGUUGUUUGUUGGCAGGACUGAAGAACUAUGGUAUGCACAGCAGGAAUUCGGUAAGGUCUCUCACUUAUUUGGUGUGUGUGGGGCAACCAAAGACUUUCAUAAUCUGGGUACCUUGGUGAAUCACUGUGACUUGUCAGUGCUCAGUGAUUUUUAAUGACAAUCAACAAUGAUGAAGAAAAUUUGAAAAUAUGUACUCAUGGCUGCACAUAUACACCCAUCACCCAUACCCAUAGUUUUCAAAACAUGCAAUUUUCCUUCUGGUAUUAGUAUUAAUUUAUUAUCAGGUUCAUACAAAUGUUUCAUUAGCUCUGUAUUGUUGGAUUCAUUCCACCCAAAAAAAAAGAAGGUAUUGUUGAA